UCCUCCUGCUUCCGCUGGUGGUGCCGGACGGCGGGCGCUCCGUUCCUGCGUUGGCUCCUCGGUCGUCGCCAUGCCGCUGGAAAACCUGGAGGAAGAGGGUCUGCCCAAGAACCCCGACCUGCGCAUCGCGCAGCUGCGUUUCCUGCUCAGCCUGCCCGAGCACCGCGGGAACGCGGCGGUGCGCGAGGAGCUGAUGGCGGCCGUCCGGGAAAACAAUAUGGCUCCUUAUUAUGAGGCCUUGUGCAAAUCCCUGGACUGGCAGGUGGACGGGGAUCUCCUCAGUAAAAUGAAGAAGGCAAAUGAAGAGGAGUUGAAACGCUUGGAUGAGGAGCUGGAGGAUGCAGAGAAGAAUCUGGGAGAGAGUGAAAUUCGAGACGCAAUGAUGGCCAAAGCGGAGUACCUCUGUCAGAUAGGGGACAAGGAGGGAGCUCUGACAGCCUUUCGCAAGACAUAUGAUAAGACUGUGGCCCUGGGUCACCGACUAGAUAUUGUAUUUUAUCUCCUAAGGAUCGGCCUCUUUUAUAUGGAUAAUGACCUCAUCACUCGAAACACAGAAAAGGCCAAAAGCCUAAUAGAAGAAGGUGGAGACUGGGACAGGAGAAAUAGGCUGAAAGUGUACCAAGGUCUAUACUGUGUGGCUAUCCGUGACUUCAAACAGGCUGCAGAGCUCUUUCUUGAUACGGUUUCUACAUUUACAUCCUAUGAGCUCAUGGACUAUAAGACAUUUGUGACUUACACUGUUUACGUCAGUAUGAUUGCGUUAGAAAGACCAGAUCUCAGGGAAAAGGUCAUUAAAGGAGCAGAGAUUCUUGAAGUGUUACACAGUCUUCCGGCAGUUCGGCAGUAUCUGUUUUCUCUCUAUGAAUGCCGUUACUCAGUUUUCUUUCAAUCAUUAGCGAUCGUGGAACAGGAAAUGAAAAAGGAUUGGCUUUUUGCGCCUCAUUACCGAUACUACGUAAGGGAAAUGAGAAUUCAUGCAUACAGCCAGCUGCUGGAAUCAUAUAGGUCUUUAACCCUUGGCUAUAUGGCAGAAGCAUUUGGUGUGGGUGUGGAAUUCAUUGACCAAACCUGCUCUGAUGUCCAGGUGUGACUGCCACUGCAGGCUGUCAGGUGUGUGUCUCAUGGCUGGUGGAAGGAGUGGCUUGUGAAAGGUUCAUGAACCAAGGACUAGACCUGCCUUCUGAUUUUACUCUGCAACUAAACUACUGUGGCCUUGGUCAGUUUUUCUUUCUUCCUGUCUUUGGCGGGUCAGUCUUGUUCUGUAGUCCUGGCUAGCGAGGGACUCAUGAGAGCAGCUAUCCUGCUGCCGUAUCCUGAAAGCUGAGGUUACACUGUCUCCCCCUUUCGUGUCUUUAAAGCCUUCUCUAGGAAUAAGGGGACAGUAUGACCCUCAACCCAGAUGCUUACAGGUGACACACUGAAGUGACCAUGCUUUAAGAGCUGCUGUCGGAUUCUUUAAAUUGUGUUGAGAAGUGGGGGCAAAGCAGGCUGUUUUUCAUUUGUGUUCUCAGCAUAACCUGGAUUUUUGGGGAAGGAAUAAGCUGCUUUUCCAGUACAGGCAGCUGUUGCAUUUCGGGCCAGGGUUUGCUGGUUCUGUAAGUUGAUUCCUGUCUGAAGUUUUGUUCUGAGCACUCCACCUUGUGGUAUUUUAUUCUAGUGAUGAUUCAAGUCCGCAACAAGUCGGGGAUGUCGCUGCUGUUACGCGGCAGUUGAAGCUGGAGGAAAGUGAGAUCUUGCCUGUAAGACAGAGUUCAGUUCUUCUGACUCUUCUUGGAAACUAAUGGGGAAUUGCUUUUCUUUUUCUGAAUCAGGGAACUGUCCAGGUUUAUUGCUGCUGGAAGACUACACUGCAAAAU